ACAAACGCGAUAUUCAUACGCACACAGUAACAGAGUGAGAGACGAAGUAGCAAACCACUCUUUACGGAAUUUAUUUCUGCAAAGAAUUUGGGUGCAAUUUUUACAGAAGAAGUUAAAAUUCAGCCAUGAAUCGCCGCGAAGAUCCGAAUCCUUUUGAUGAAGAAGUCAAUCCAUUUUCGAAUGGGGAUGCUGCUGCUCCUGGUUCAAAAUCCCGUGUUCCUCAGAUGGUUGCUAGUAGUCUUGGUUUUGGUCAAAAGCAUGAUGCAACUGUUGAUAUACCCUUGGAUUCAAUGAAUGAUCCAAAGAAAAAAGAGAGAGAACUUUCAAACUGGGAAGCCGACUUAAAGAGAAAGGAAAAGGACAUCAAACGAAGAGAAGAAGUUGUUGCUGGUGCUGCUAUCCCCACGGAUGAUAGAAACUGGCCUCCAUUUUUUCCAAUAAUCCAUCAUGAUAUAGCCAAUGAGAUACCAGUUCAUGCUCAAAAGUUGCAGUAUUUGGCUUUUGCAAGUUGGUUAGGUCUAGUUCUGUGUCUUGUAUUUAACAUGAUAGCAGUGAUUGUCUGUUGGAUUAAAGGCGGUGGUGUGAAGAUAUUUUUCCUUGCAGUAAUCUAUGCACUUCUUGGAGUACCCCUUUCGUAUGUAUUAUGGUACAGGCCUCUGUAUCGUGCGAUGAGGACUGACAGUGCUUUGAAAUUCAGUUGGUUUUUCUUGUUUUACUUGAUCCAUCUUGGGUUUUGUAUAUUUGCUGCUAUUGCUCCUCCAAUAGUCUUUGAGGGGAGGUCAUUGACGGGAAUCCUAGCUGCAAUUGAUGUCUUUUCUGACCAUGCAUUAGUAGGGAUCUUCUAUCUGGUAGGAUUUGGAUUAUUUUGUGUAGAAUCACUGCUAAGCUUCUGGGUACUUCAGAAAGUUUACAUAUAUUUCCGUGGCAACAAGUGAGCAUCUGAGCCCGUUUUGUACCUAUCCUAUCCAACAUUCUUGUGUGCGUCCACUUCCAACUUCCAAGAAGCAAGCAUGCAUGAUUUAUGAUACUACUACUAGUAUAUGAUGAUGUAUAAUUGAUUGAUUAUAUUUUAUAUAUAGAAACAUAACAUAAUAACAUAAAACAUAUAUAUGUAUACUCUCUCUCCCAGCUACCUUUUGACUUUUGUUUUUAUAGGCGUCUUAUACACAAGUCAUAAGUAUA